UGAUCCGUUGUUUGUUUUAUUUAAAAUAUGAUGGAAGAGAGUGGUAAGUAGUGGUCCAAGAUCCAUCAUGCUCCAUUACUUUCCUUCAUAUUUGCUCCCCCCCCAAAUUGGAUGGAAAGGAAUGGAAAGAAAAACUCAUCACUUAAUUAAAUUAUGAAAAUACUAUUCUACCCAUGGUAACCUCCAUACAUAACUUCUCCUAGUUGGUGACCCUAAUUUUCUCCCAUCACGUAACAAUUGAAAUAGUUCUGGGCAGAAUCUCUGCAACUUCACGUUAUUGUGCUAGUGAUAAUAAAUUUGAAACUUAUUUGAAGAUGGAUAUUGAGGAUGAUUAUUUUCUAACUUAUUUGAAGAUGAUGGUUUGUGUUUAAUUCUGACUAUUUGGAAGGGAAAUAAUUCUAAUUACUCUGAUGUUUGGCCUCCUUAUUGGGUACGCGUGUUUGCUUCUCUGAAGACUGAAGGAACCCACAUGACUUCGUGAUAACUUAGAAGGGCCCUUGCUUUUGUUUUAUGUUAUUAUCCCCUGUUCCUCUCUUUGUUUCUUGUUUCAUUUCGUGUACAUUUUCUCUAUCUGUUCUAUGUUUUUUGCUUUUCUAUUACUCUAUGUAAGGUUGACACCCCUUGUGCCUCUUUAUUAGUAUUAAUUCAUUGCUUAUCUGAAAAAAUAAAUUUGAAACUUGUUGGUACUUGGUAUGCUCAUGUCUUCAAUACUCAAUCGGAAUAUAGGAGCAUUCAUGUUCCAGUUGUUAGACACACCAGAUUAUAAGAUAUUGAAUAUUGGCUACCAAUUUUCAAUUGGUUUCUCAGUUUGUCUUUUAUUUUAAAAUAAGGGUAAUAUAGGAAUAACAAAAAUUAUAACUCAUUCCGCUCCGUCCAUUAUCCAAACAAUGGAGUGGUAACUUUGUUCCGCUCCGUCAUAAAAUAUCCAAACAAUGGAAUGAAAUUUUUAUUCCAUUCCGCUCUGCUCCAUUCCAUUCCAUUAUAUUCCAUUCUGCUUCGCUCCAUUAUGUUCCAUCAAUCCAAACAUAGCCUAGAGGGACCAGGUUUGAUUCGCUUUAUAAUUUUAGGAACCAAACGAAUAUUUAAGCCAAAAAUUAUAAAAUAUUUUGUUUGUUUUCCUUGUCCGAUCAUAUUGCCCACUUCAUACGUCGUUCUUCGAUUCCUUCGUAAACGUUCGUGCGAGCUCCGUUCAGGUUCACCACCACCUCUCCUCCGAUCAUUCUCCGGGUUGGAGAAAUCUGAAAUCGGGAACCAUGAGUGAGGUAUUUGAAGGGUACGAGCGUCAAUACUGUGAGCUAUCCGCCAAUCUUACCCGCCAAUGCACUGCAGCUUCUGCUCUUGAUGGAGAACAGAAGAAGCAGAAACUUUCUGAAAUAAAAGCUGGGUUAGACGAUGCUGAUGCAUUGGUUCGGAAAAUGGACCUUGAGGCUAGGAGUUUGCAGCCAAGUAUGAAAGCAACACUUCUUGUCAAGUUAAGGGACUAUAAAAAUGAUUUGACCAGUUUGAAAAAUGACAUUAAAAGAAUCUCAUCAGCUAAUGUCAGCCUCACUGCUCGAGAUGAGUUGUUGGAGUCAGGAAGAGCUGAUUCGCUGGCGGUAUCAAAUGAUCAAAGGGGAAGACUUUUGAUGUCUACUGAGAGAUUAAAUCAGUCCACAGAUAGAAUAAAGGACAGCAGAAAAACAAUGCUGGAGACAGAGGAGCUUGGUGUCUCUAUCCUCCAAGAUUUGCAUCAACAACGUCAAUCUCUACUCCAUGCCCAUACGACGCUCCAUGGAGUGGAUGAUAACAUUAGCAGGAGCAAGAAGAUUUUGUCAGCCAUGUCCAGAAGAAUGAGCAGGAACAAAUGGAUUGUUGGCUCCUUGAUGAUAGCUCUAGUCCUUGCAAUUGUAUUAAUUCUAUACUUUAAGCUGACUCAUUAGCCUGCUUAUUUGCUUGCUAUAUGGCUUGGUUAUAUAUGCUGCCAAAAAAUGUUAGUGUUUGAAUAGUUACGUGAACAAUAUACAAGUACUUUCAUUAAAUCAAAUGAGAAUGUUCCAUCUUUUA